AUGGCUUCCGCUCGGCGUCACAGAAUUGGAGCUAGUCGCCGACGAAGAGAAGACGAAGGUGAAGAUGAGGAUUCGACGGUGGGACAUGUGGAGGAGGACGAUGACUCGAUGAGUGAUGGAUCGCUACCGAGCCAUUUGGGCGACGACGAUGAUGCCGAUGGCGAGGGCAGCGAUGCCAGCGAGGAUGAGCGCUCGGUGACGCAGCAUGGUAGUGCUACGGAAAACGGACAUGCUCGUGCUGGUCGGGGAGGGAAAAGGGACGACUCUGGGGAGAAACUGGAAGUCCCAAUCAAGCCGACAUUAACCGCGACGGUUUCUGACACAGGAGUGAUGAUGAAUGGACUUAAAAUAUCUGCUGGACAGGAAGUCGAAGAGAUAGAAUUUGACAGUAUGGGUAAGAUAGAGAGAACACCAUCGGCGCCGCCUACGGAGUCGAGGAGAGAAACGUUUGCUGAACGGAAACGACGGGAGCAUGAGGAGUAUAUCAAGGCUAGGGAUGAGAAUCCCGCGUUUGUUCCGACACGAGGAGGUUUUUUCUUGCAUGACAAGAGAUCUACAGACGGACAUCGAUCACAUGUCAAUAAGUCGAAGUCACGGCCAUAUGGCCUUAUUGUCGAUGGAAAUGUGGGGAGACGUCCAAAAACCGAUGCCAGCGAUGGACAAUGGACUCACGACUUGCACGAUACAGUGGUUCGCGAUGAUAGAUCUACCAACUCCACCUUUACACCUUCGUAUUCGCAAAAUACAAACACAGGUUAUACGAAUGGCUCGACAACAGUGACUGUUGCACCACGUUCUACGCCCCCGAACCGCUCUUUCUCGACGACAUUGUUAAUUGGAAAUGUCCCUGUACGAGUUUUCUUGCCUGGAAUGGAAGCUGCGAUCCCGUUCGCUGCUGUGCCGAAGCGUCAGCAUACGCGGUUGCCGCAACACCGACCUCCCUUGAGACGCGAUAAACCCGUUCGUGUUUCAUUGCCAGGUGCAGCACCCAAAUAUAUUCUACCAGCACCUGAACGGUCGUUUAUAUUCAUUCCUCGUGCUCUUCGGCCCAAUCAACAGUCCUUCAGAGGACGAGGUCGAGGUGGAUACUAUACUGGUCGAAGACCCAGCUUCUACCAACCAGGCUCGGUUUACUCACCUAGUAUAUCCAUGAGUCGCAGAUCGUCGCUGCGAGAAGGCAUGCACUCACCUGCUGCAUCUGUCCUCUCGAGACAUAACAUGGCGACUGGCGAAGUUAAACCCAUUGUUCGUCUUCCACCUUCGGUUCGCCCACCUGGCGUUAUGGUGCCCGGACCGGUCAUGCCGGCCGUUCCUCUUCCUCUAACAGUCCCCAACACGGCGUACAGAGAGAUCCGUAGCGGGCCGAUGACCAUGCACCAACCGCGACCGCAAAAAACCGUUUCCUUGGCCGACAUUGAGAGCCCAGCAAGCUUCAACUUUAAUCCUCCUCAGCCUCAACAAGAACAACCAUUCCAUCAACAAGUUCCCGUGGCUAUGGUAGCCCCGGGCUAUGGACCGGACGGCUCCUACAUGCACGGGCGUCACCCGUCACAUCCUAGCCAACCUUCAGGCACGCCUCUUUCUCACAUUCCCGAACGGGCUAUUCACGCAGCACCUUUCCAACCGUAUGGAGCACCUACACAACCUGCAUAUUAUCCAGCCGGUUAUCCUCCAGGAGCCAUGUACUACCCCGUUCCUGGGAACGAGUAUCCCCAUUAUACACCCCCAACUGUCAAUAACGGCAUGGGUUAUGGCCCACCACCACCGCCUCACCCAUCGCAACUCCCACCAGGCCCUCAAGCAGGGGGCCAGCCAUAUAUGCUCCACGCGGCGCCGCCGCCAGCUCCACCUUCGGCACCUCCACACACCACCGGGGAGCAAGCUCCUCACGCAGGCACAGUAGCGCACGAAGCCAACGGCACAGUCUAUUUCUACGACGCACAGGAACUCUACCAUCCCAACGCAGCGUACAACGCAACUGGCGGGGUCGUCGGGAUGGGUGGCAUGAUGACGCCGCCCGGUACGACGUAUUAUUACCCACAGUCGCCAGGCGUUUACUAUCCUCAGUAA